AUGUUCAAGACACUCUUCCUCGCAGCCGCACUCGCUUCUCAGGGUCUCACUCGACCCACGACCGAGAACGCACGCGCAAUCGACCCAAAUCAAGUCUUCAACUCCCGAAUGACCUGGUACGACACAGAGGGAGGCCUCGGCGUCAAUCCUGGAGCGUGCGGAGAAGUCAACAACCGAGACCAAAAGAUUGUGGCGUUGAAUAAAUUCCAAUUCGUCGAGCUCAGCAACAGCGCCAACCCCAACACCGCUGAAGUGUGCCAUAAAAAGAUCCGCAUCAAGCACGAAGGGAAGGAGACUGAAGCAGAAAUCACCGAUAGGUGCGAUGGAUGCAACUAUGGCGAUAUCGAUGGCACUCAGGCUGUAUUUAAUGAUCUUGUUGGGGGGCUCGGGGCAGGAAAUGUUUCGGUAUCUUGGUCCUUUAUUUGA